UCCCAGGGUGCACCGCGCGCGGCUGGCUCUUGCCCACAGUUGAGCAGCUCGGCCUCCUCCUCCGCUGCCGCCGCCGCCGCCUCGACGGAGGAGCCCCGAGGAGGACGGCCGGCCCGGCCUGGAGGCAGGGGGGGCGCGGCAACGCCGAGGACGAGGACGAGGAGCCCGGGCCAGGCCUUCUCCCGGAGAAGGGAGGAGAGGGAGGCGCCCCGAGGAACAUGCGGCUCCGGCUGCCCCGCGGCGCGGCCGGCGAGUGAGCUGAGGGAGGAGCGGCGGCCGAGCGGCGGGGCAGGAGGAAGAGGAAGGCGAGCAGGCCGAGGAGGCCCGGGCAGAAAGCGGGGGGAGGAGGGCGGGGGGGCUCCUCCUCCUCCCGCCGCCGCCACCGCAGGGCUCGGGGUCGCCGCCUCGAGGGGGGGCAAUGACAGCGGCUCCGGGACCCUCCCCGCAGCAGAUCAGGGACCGGCUGCUGCAGGCCAUCGACCCCAACAGCAACAUUCAUAACAUGGUGGCAGUACUCGAAGUGAUCUCCAGCCUGGAGAGGUACCCCAUCACCAAAGAGGCGCUCGAGGAGACACGGCUGGGGAAACUCAUCAACGACGUGAGGAAGAAAACUGAGAAUGUGGAGUUGGCCAAGCGGGCUAAGAAGCUGCUGCGGAACUGGCAGAAGCUGAUCGAGCCAGGGGCUCCCAGCGAGGGGGCCGCCAGGGGUCCGCCCAACCCGCCAGGGUCUGCCAACGGCGGAGGGGCCCACAACUGCCGGGUGGAGACUCCUCCGGCGGGGGUCGGGCCGAAGCCCGCGCAGGAUGCGAAGGGCCGGAAUGACGUCCAGAAGCUGCACUCCCCGAAGCAGUUGGCGGAGAAGGCGGGGGCUAGGAAGAGGCGGGGGGAGCCGCGCGAUGGCCUGGCGGGGGCGCCUCUCCUGCCGCUGCCGAAGGCCUCCAAGGCCUGCUUCGAAGUGUUACAGAACUCCUCACCGCCCCCGACGAAUGGGAUCGGGGGCAGCAGCCCGGACAGCUUCCCGAGCCCGCCGGAUGCUGGCCUGCCCGCCGAGCUGGUUGAGGCCGACAAGCUCGGCAAGAUCCCCAUCAACGCGGUGCGGCCCCACACCAGCUCACCUGGUCUCUUCAAGCCCUCCGCUUCAUCCCUGCUGAAGGUGGCACUGUUGGUCCAGCAGGAGAAGGAGGAGGCGCCACCCGCAGGGGGCCAGCCCAAGAGCCCCCGCUGCUCCUCUUUCAGCCCCAGGCACAGCCGGGCGGAAACGUUUUCCCGGCAGCACACCACCUACUCCCCCAAGGGCUCGCCGCCCGCCCCUUCCCCGACGAGGCCCCCGCCUGCCCCGGACACCCCCGCAGGGGCUCCCUUGUCGCCCCCUGCCCUCGUGCAGCCAGUGCUAGAGAAGCGGCUGGAGCCCCAUCCACAGGUGGGGCUGGAGACACCCCUGCACGGCAUCCAGGAUGCGCCGGCGGGCCGGCUGACCGCGGGGGCCUUGCUGAGCAGCGGGGUGGGCCCCCUCCCGGCGGAGCCCUUGCUGGCGGGCUUCUCCCCGGACGCAUGCCGGGCGGACAGCGACGGUGCCGCCUCGGGGUCGGACAGCAAGAAGAAGAAGAAGUACCGGCCCAAGGACUACGUGGUCAACCUGGACGGGCAGGCGCUGGAAGGGGGGGUCAAGCCGGUGCGGUUAAAAAAGGAGCGGCGGCUGACCUUUGACCCCAUGACGGGCGAAAUCAAGCCCCUGGCACAGCGGGACUCCUUGCAGGCGGCCCACCCGCCCGCUCUCCCCGAGCAGCAGCACAGGACAGGUGCAGGGGAGGCCACAGAGCCCAAGCCCCCCCUGCAAAGCCCCUUUGAGCAGACCAACUGGAAGGAGCUGUCCCGGAACGAGAUUAUCCAGUCCUAUUUGAACCGGCAGAGCAGCUUGCUCUCCUCUUCUGGGGUACAGACUCCGGGUGCUCACUACUUCAUGUCCGAGUACCUGAAACAGGAGGAGAGCACCCGCCGGGACGCCCGCAAGACCCACGUCCUGGCGCCCCACAGCAAGCCCACGGACUUGCCCGGGGUGACCCGGGAGGUGACGCAGGGCGACCUCGACAGGAUAUGUGGCCGCCACUGGCCGGGCGUGAAUGGUUGCUACGACACACAGGGUAACUGGUAUGAUUGGACGCAGGGAAUAUCCCUCGACCCGCACGGGGACGACGGGCGCCUCAACGUCCUGCCUUACGUCUGCCUGGACUGAGCGUCGGUUUGCCGGGAUGCUUCUGAUGCAUGGGGCAGUUUGGUGCCAGCAGGCAGGUGCGGCGACAGCUGCCCCCCCUCCACCCUCCGUUGUGCUGAAAAAAAGGCUCACCCAGCAGAGAGAAAGAGAGAGGGAUGGAGGGAAUGCGAGAGAGAGUGAGCUGGACCCCGGCAGUUCCUUCUUCCCUAGGUUUCUUUUUUCUUUUCUUUUUUUGUGAAGUGCUGCUACCAGUCUACUAACAAAAUUGCAAAGCGGGAGGAGGCACAGAACAGAGGUUUGAUUUAAACGAUGGCAACAAAAAGAGUUCCAAACUCUUAGCAAGCCAGCUCUGGAAAAAAAACCACAAAAAGAGAAAAAGUGUUAGGGUUUUUAUUUUAUUUUUCGUUUCAAAAGGUGAAAUUUCUUUCCAGUGAUUGGUGGAUGCCAAAAUCCGAGAGCAGGCAGGAGGUGGGGAGAGGAAUGGCGGGGUGCAGGACGUUUUAACCAAGAGUAGUCUUAGCCUAUUUAUUUUUGUCCCGAUUUGUUUUUGUUUGUUUUUUUCUUGGAAAGGGAGUAAGAAUAAUAAUAACAGCAGUGAGGUGGUUUGAGAUGAAACUGUGCAAAAACCUGUGGUUAAGUAGUUCUUCCUCGCGUCGCAUCUGUCUCCAGAAAAAGGCGUGUGGCUUGCGGUGAGGGGUGCCCUGCAAGUCUGCCAGGGUAGGGAGGAGUUGGUGCCCACCUUCAGGUUAGCAUUCCACAAAUAUCCCUUCCUUCCUUCCUUCCUCCUUUCUUGGUGGGAUCUAGCCUGAGUGUGUCUUCCCUGCAUUCUUUCUGCACAUUUUCUAGGGAGAGGCAAGGGGGGAAAGAGCCCUCUCUCCUCCACUGCCCCCCCCCAUGUUAAAAAAGGAAGGCAAAAUCCAAACCGUACAGAGGGUGCUACUUUUGUCCUGUGAAAGGGGGAGAGAGAGACUGGGGAAGCCUGUUCUGCAAUGCUGGAGAAUACACUUGUUACCAUUCCUUUUUAGAUAUUUGUUUGCCUUACGGAGAUCCAUCACAAAAAUUAAAAAAAAAAAAAGGGAGAGGAGGAGGAGGAGGAGGAGGAGAAGCGCGACUUGCAAAAACGAAAAAGAGCCUUAGUGAAUGUACAGUAACUAUCCUAGACUUCUGCGUUCCUGGGACGCAGAAGGGAGCAACUUUGCUAUUGGUCCUUUAAGUGGACACGUUGUGAUAUACAUGUGGAAAUAAAACAAAAAUUUGCACAAAAGCGCGGGCUGUCGUUUUUUUAAAAAAGGGAAGUUCCCAAAAAGCUGGUCGACUUGAGGAAGGCAGCUUCCUGGAGCUGGAGGACUUGAGUCUCUGGCUGAUUCUGAACUACAGUCCCCGUCAUCCCUGACCGCUGGUCCUGCUAGCUUAGGGUUGAUGGGAGUUUGGGAAACCCCACUGUAGCAUGUGCUUGCUCUCUAGCUGUUGCCGCCCUGGCUGCUGGGAGUUGUAGUCUAAAGUGCCUGGGGAGGGCAGUACAGAGAGACCAAGGAGGUGUGUGUUUUGCAGCCUGACGAUCCUGGUCCUAUAGCAUGGUGUCAGUGGGCUACAGCUCUCACCCUCUUACAGGCUGGGGGUGCUGGGAGUUGUAACCCAACAACUUCCAGAGAGAGGCAGGUCAUGUCGACUACCUAUGAUCUAUAGAAUUGGGAUGGGUUGGAUCCUGUGGCCCUUCUGAUGUCAUUCCAGGAACAUCAUAAUCCCUGACCACUGGCCCUUCCAGCUGGAAUGGAUGGGAGUCCCAAUGGGAAGAUCCAGAAGGUCACUUGCUUUGCCUACCUGCUCCCGUUGCUAUUUGUCUGCUUUUAGAAAUACAGUGGUACCUUGGAAGUUGGACGGAAUCCGUUCCGGAAGUCCGUUCGACUGCUGAAAAAGUUUGGGAACCAAUGCGCGGCUUCCGAUGGGCUGCAGGAAGCCGGAAGUCGUGUCGGACCUUCCAAAGAACGGGUCACUUCCGUUUUUCCAUCGUUGAGGAGCCGAAACAUUCGGCUCCCAAGGCAUUUGAAAACCAAGGUACGACUCUCAUCUCCUUUGAGCAAGUUUGUGAAGACGAGACGUGUGCAAAUUUGUUUUUGGACUUCAGUGCUGAAGGAACUGAUUAUUAUUAUUUUUUUUAAAAAAACUUUUAAUCAAAAGGGGUUAGCGAUUAACAAGGCGGCUGGUUUCCAAGUAAGUGAUUUAUUUAUUUUUAAUGCAAGUGCACUGGACCACCUCGAAUUUUGUUUGGGGUAGGGGAAAAAGUUUGCUUGGGACCAGCUUCUGUGCACAAAUCCAGCAACUGAAGCUUCACCCCCCCCCUUCAUUUUUACCUCCACAGCAGAUUAAGUUUUUCCUCUGUCAAAACUUCUGCAUAUUCUCAGUUGUUAAAACCACUGCACCAGGGCAAGGAAAGCAAAGAGAGGAGCGCCCCCCCCCUCUUUCACCAUGGGGGGCGGGGCUCUACCCUGCAGUGUGGUGGUACCCAAUUCAGGGAGCAAAAUUAAGUGCCAAUGUGGGUAUAUUUCUGCCCCUUGUGGCCUCUGGCUAAUUUUAUUUGAAUACUGCACACUUUGAAUCCAUUUGGGGGGGGGGGUGUCAUUGCACUUCAAUGAAGAAUGCAAGUGGUCCAAAUAACAACUGGAGACCCAAGUUUGGGAAACACAGGUCGUAAACCACCCUGAGACCUGUAUACACAUAAUAAUAAUUAAUAAUGCUUGUCCAUUGAGACGGGACUAAUAAAGAUAAAUGUAAGUUGUAUAUAUCAAAAUAUUGAAAAUUCA